UUCAUUUUAGGUUUAACGAUCACACUGUAAAUGCCAUGGGUUGUUUUGCAUCGCGUAAUAACAGAAUCGAAAUUGUAGUCUCAGUUGCUGAGGCAACAUCGACUUCAAGAAUCAGAGACAUUCCGCUAUCACACGAACAAAAAUGCAUUUUAAGAGAAUUUUGGCAGCUCAUUGAGCCCAUUAAGAGCGUCAUAGGGAAGAAAGUGUUUGGACGACUUUUUGAGUCCAACCCAAGAAUUCAAGACAUAUUUCCCGCCUUUAAGAGUUUGAAACUUGAAGCCGUAAUCAACUCUCGAUCUCUGUAUCUUCACGUCAGACGAGUCAUGACUGCGCUGGAAAAUUCUAUUUUUUCUUUAAACGACGCAGAGGUUUUCAUCGAGUAUUUAAUGAAUCUUGGAGAAAGACAUAAAGCAUGGCCCGUGAGGCUGGAACAUUUCGAUAUGAUAGAAGAAGCCUUAAUUUGGACAUUAAAGGAUUCGUUUCCAACAAAAUGCACCGAUUAUGUCGCCGAGACUUGGAGGGAGCUCUUUCGCUUUAUAACCGCUACAAUGAUGAAAGGACUGAGGAGAGCAAACACUGGCAAAUGAGACUUUAAAGUGAGAGAACUUGUGGACUGGGAAUCAAUCGAAAGGAAAACUGAGAUUUUACUAGAGAUGACGUUAAGAGGACACCAUCCUUAAGUGGACAAAAUAAGCAAGAUAACUAAUACUAAUUCAUUUGAACUGU